AUGAUAAAGGCGUGGGAAGCAGCCAACAAGCUGGAGGAUUUUAAUGGCGCCUGUUUAAGGCGUGGGGAAGUCGCAUGGUCACUUUCAGGUGCAGCAGAAGGUUGUAUCCAACUGCAACAUCUUAGACAUGGGGGUAAUGAUCCUUCAACCAUGGGCUCAUCCCAAAUUGCGGGAGAGUCGGCAAGUAAGAGCCUCGUCGUCCCAUCUAAUGGUAAAACAUGGCCAUACGCUUUCGUCUCCGCAUCGAUUGAGAAUAUCGUCCUUUUGAACCAGAGAUUGCUCAGUGGGCCCGAUGUCACAUAG